GUUUGCCGUGGCAGACACCAUAAAUUACAAUUGACUUCGGUUGCGCAAAAAACGGCAGCAGGGGAUGAUGGCUGGUGGUUGUGGUGUGACAAUGGCUGUAGCGGCAGCGGUGGUUGCGCUGCUGCUCUGCGUGGGUGCAGAUGAGGUUCUGGCUGGCAGCAAGGUGAAGGCCAACGUCGCCUACUGUAACAAGCACCCUUCGGAGUGCUCCCAUCCAGAGGACCAGUCAGGAUUCGUCAUCGGGAUUGGCGUGCAAAAGAGUGGCACAAGCUCGUUGGCAGGGUUCCUCAACAAGCUGGACGGUGUCGUGAAGAUGCGCAAAGAAAUGCAUUUCUUUGACCGAAACUACGUGUUGCUCAAGGACGAGAUUGAGGCAGAUCGCGAGCAGGGCUUGAAGAAGGCGCUGCAAGUGUAUCAUGACCGAUGGGGCCCACAGCCUUUUGCAGAUGGAUGGCUGCCCAUGGAAAUAACUCCUGUGUACAUGUAUGACCGGCGUGUGGCAUAUCGCAUGAUGGAGGUGCUGCGGCCGAAGAAGGAUGGUGUGCGGCUCAUCGCUGUGCUGCGCAACCCUGUCCCCCGCGCUUACUCGGGCUUCUUUCAGCUGGACGAGAAGGUGGACCCAAAGGACUUCCACGACCUGGUGGCGGCAGAGGUGGACGUGAUUCGCAAGUGCUACAUCGAUGGCCUCAUGUUCGUCAACGAGCAGCACUGCCACCCUGCCGAGUACCAAUACGAGGCGCUGCGCAAGUGCGUGGAGGAGAAUGUGGCGGACGGGCGCCCCUGGUACGAGCGCUUCAUCAUCCCGCUCAACAACAACGCCAGCAAGACGACAAACGACAACGGCUAUUCGUACUGGCUGCACGAGGGCAUCCUGCUUCGCGGCAUGUACGCAGACCAGCUCAAGAACUUCCUGUGCGCCGGGUGGAAGCCAGAGCAGAUCUUCAUCACCACCACCACGCACAUGCACACGGAGCCCCUGGACAUGACGCAACGCCUGGCCAAGUUCAUUGGCCCGCCCGCCAAGCUUGCAGGCAAGUUCAAGCAGCGACUCAAGGCUGGCGACACCAUCCACCGCGGCAGCAAGACCGCGGGGCACCCGCCCAUGGAGGAGCGAACGCAACGGCUGCUGACCGAGUUUUAUGAGGAGUACAACGAGGCGCUCGUGCACUUGCUGCGGCAACACAACUUUGCGUGCGAUGUGGCGGAGGUGGAGAGGGAGCUUGGCCUGCUCGUGCGCACCAGAGCAGAGCGGGAGAGCGAUGACGACGAUGAUGGCGGCGAUGAUGACGACAACGCCGCUGACGACGACGAUGACGUUACCAACAAGUAGGCCCUGUGUGUGGGGGGGAGGGAGAUAAGGAAGGCGAGGGAUACUGUGUGGCUCUGCGUGGGGGUGGGGGUGGUGGUGGUGGUAAUGGUACAGUGCUUGCAAGGGAGAGGGCGACAGCGUUAUGUUCUGAAAGCAUGUGCUUUGUGUUACGUGACCUACUCAAAUACACAAUACGAACCACAA